AUGAAGUUUCUCAUCUACUUCCUCCCUCUGCUGAGUGGUCUCGCUCUCGCCGCAGAAGAGAAAUGCCAGUGUCCACUGGUUAAAUGCCCAAGUGAAGAUGCCGUGGCCCUCUGCCAAUGUCUCAAUUCGCGAGAAACAAUCUGCAAGAACCACUGCCCGGACUAUGUUCCCACGUACAUCCCCACACCCACACCAGGCUGCGAAUGCGAGCACGUCUACUGCCCGAUGGUUUGGCCUGAAUCCUGCAAAUGCGAGAACGCCGACAAAAAGCGUUGUUACGAUAAGUGCGGUGGUGUAGCGCCGACAUAUCAAGUCAGCCCCCCUUCUCUCGCCGAGACAAGACAAGUACUAACCAGACCACAGGUCUGCGAAGACAUCGCCCCGCGCAUGCUGACCAUCACCCGGCGCCCAAAGCCCACUAAAACCAAGACUAUGACCCCCGCCACACCUACAGCCUCGCACGCCGUCUGCGGCGGCGGUCGCGCAAACUACUUAACCUGUCCCGAAGGUGAAAUUUGUAUUAAAGACCCAUUCAAGCCUGGGUGUGGACCAGAAUGCGAUGGUCUAGGUAUCUGCGUCAAGGAUAAACUGUGCGGGGGAUUCGCAGCGUUUCGUUGUCCCGAGGGACAGACAUGUAUGGAUGAUCCAAGGGAUACGUGUGAUCCGAUGAAUGGGGGUGCGGAUUGUGGAGGGUUGUGUAUUUAAAAUGAAGAGAAGUGUGGGGAGAGGGGGGGAAAAGACUUGGGGCCAAAAGUGAAUUAUUUUUAUGAGAAGUGCUUGACAGAUUAUUGUGGUGUGAUGUGAGCACAUGGCAUGUGCGUGAGCCUCCAAAGUGAACAGGAGAUGAAACAGUGCUCCCAACCUAAGAAUUGUGUGGCUUCAAUUGAUGCAUCACCCUACACGAAUAUUCACUUCCCCAAAAUACCUUCCGCCAAUGCACAGGAUAUU